GCGUUCUCAAUGGAGCAGUUGGGUGCGAAGCACCGAGUCGAGCGGUUCGCUUUCUGCGCCUCGGAAGUCCUUUCUCUGCCUUGAGCAAGUUGUGUCUCAAUUCCCACAAGGAUUUCACCGCUGACACUCGUGUGAAGUUGAAAAGAAAGCGCUUUGCCGUAUAAGUAAUUGACUAGGAAAUUAAGUUCUCCAAAGUCCAUCAGAGAGAGAGAGAGAGAAAAGAGAGAUGGCUCACUUAUCACCGCCGCCAUCGCCGCCGAUUCCGCAGCCUUACGCCUUUCCCGGAUUGCAGCAUCUGGAGUCGCCGGCCAGCGUGAUCCAGAGAGCAUCUUCCGUCUUCGGAGCUUCGCUGGAGCAGAAAUGGAAUCCGCGAGAUCUUUCUCUGCUGUACAAUCCGCUGCUGUACUCCGGUGCCUUUUUCUGGCCGCCACUGCUCUUGCCAUGUCCACCUGCCGCCACGACCAAAUGUGAUUUCGCCCUGACGCCGGAGAAAGAGGAGACAAUCGUCGACGAGGACAUGCCGCUCAAUCUGUCCACGAAGCCGCAGUCCGCCGCCACGACGCCGACCGGCCGCUUCGCGCCGACGAUCUGGUCGCCGGCCAGCAUGUGCGAGAAGCCCUCGGCAGACGCCACGAGCCGCAGCAGCCGCAGCAACAGCAGCAGCAGCAGCGCGAGCAGCGACGAGCAUCCGCACACCACCACUGCGCCAGCAGCCGCGGCCGCGGACGCCGGCGCCGGUCAGUACAAGUUCAAGAGUGAAAUUAUCAAUCGCAUCAAGCGACACAGUCGCAGUGUGGACGAUGACAGAAGUGUGAGCGAUCGUGAUGAGAAUGACAUGAAUUUCGGCAUGAAAGUGCGCCAUGUGUUUGCAAACCAAAGUGCAGUGAGUGACAAGGACUUCCUCUUCUUUCCCCACUUCGCGCACCACAAGGACAUUGAGGUGCUGCGCCAGAAUCGCACCGACAUCUUCGCCAUCAACGGCGUGAAGCAGGAGCACAGCGGCGCCAGCAGUUUGCACACCACGCCCGAUUCCACGCACGGAACCGCGAUCCUCGGCGGCGACGACAAGAAGCGCGACAGGAACUUUCAGUGUAAACAAUGUGGAAAGACGUUCAAGAGAUCCAGCACUCUGUCGACACAUCUGUUGAUCCACAGUGAUACCAGGCCUUAUCCCUGCCAAUACUGCGGUAAGAGAUUCCACCAGAAGUCGGACAUGAAGAAGCACACGUACAUUCACACAGGCGAGAAGCCUCACAAGUGUGUCGUCUGCUCCAAAGCAUUCUCCCAAAGCAGCAACUUAAUAACCCACAUGCGGAAGCACUCGGGCUACAAACCCUUCUCGUGCGGACUCUGCGACAAGUCCUUCCAGCGGAAGGUGGACCUGCGGCGACACCGCGAGAGCCAGCACGCCGACGAGACUCAGGCGCACGCCGCCGUCCCGACGCUGGCCGCCGCGGCGGGCCUGGAUAUGAAAAUCGAGGUGACGAGCAGUUGCUGAGACGCCGCGACG